AUGUUUGGGUGGCAGGAAAAGACAGCUGGAAUCUAUGUUGAGAUUGGAGCGUUUGAUGGCAUCACGUUUUCCAACACGCUUUCAUUGCACAGCUGCCUGGGUUGGUCUGGCAUGUUGAUAGAAGGUGGCCCGCGCAACUUCGAGCGGCUGCGUCGAAACUUGGCCACCACGCGCCCCAGCAAUGUGGUUGUCCACUUUGGUGCGAUUUGCGAGCCUCCAGAGUCAAAUCUAACUUUCCUAACUGGCAAGCAAACGGGAUUGGCUGAGCAUGGAGCAGCUGAUGGCGAUGCGAAGCACUUGUUGCCAACUGCUGAGCACAUAUCUCAUCGCCAUUACGGCACUGCUACCGUGCCUUGCAAGCCAAUGUCAUGGUAUCUUCGGUCUCUUUGGUCCAGCCAUGUGGACUUCUUCUCUUUGGAUGUCGAAGGCGCCGAACUGGAGGUGUUGCUCACUAUGAACUUUAGAGAAGUCACUGUGGAAGUGUUCAUGAUCGAGCUGCUGGAGAGAUCCGAGUCUGACCAGCAGAGGAACUGGAAGGUGCUGAACCUGAUGGCAAAUCUUGGUUACUGCAAGUGCCGCAGUGAAAAGAUAAGGUACAACGGUCUUUUUGUCCGGGAGCAGGGGCCAUUUUCAAGCAAAUGUGCUUGA